AAGUUCUAGGUCAAGCCGAGCGGCUUAACACCUGAGGGCUUGGCCAAGCGUCUUGACAUUAUUGGUUACAAUGCUAUCAGGAAGGGCCAUCGAUAUCCACAUACCUGAGGUACUCUACGCAUUGGGAAGUGUAAGAGCGUGUAUGAGCACUGGACGUGUUCAAUCGAGGACCGUCGCAGUACAUCGUCUAGCGGAUGUUCCGGGGAGCUUAAGCGAGCCUUGAACCAUAGCGGAUCAACAGCGAUCGCUCGCUCUACCGCAAGCUAACUAGAUUGCAGGUAAAUGAGUUUUUGCUGAUCAUUUCAUCCAUAUCAUAAGCUUAUUCGACGAACGGUCCCACGUUACGUUUCUUCUCGCUCAUCUCGCCCUCACCAUCACGAAGCAUGAUGACACUGUCGGCGUCAGCAAGGCCCCUGCAGAUCCUGUUUACUGACGUAUGUUUACGUCGUCAUCUUGUCUCUCUUCCGCUUCUUUUCUGCUUUAUUCGUUUCGCGCUCGGACUUUCUGUUCCCAUCUCGCUCACCUUCCUUUGUCCUCAGCGCGCCUCGAUGCGCAAAACUGCAUUGACACAUGGUCCGGCUCAUGGUGCGACGGGUGUAUAAGAAGGGCCGUCCCACCUGGAAGCUUUCCUCACGAAACACAACCGACAACCGCUAGGUUCGACACAUUCACUUCGCCUCUCGGCAUCCUUUCCUUUUUCGUUUAUUUCUUCGCCUUCUUCGAUAAGCGCUGGUCGCCUUCGAACUUUUUUUCUCACGCACAUACACGUUUAAUCACCUACACGGUUAUUUUUUCGACGCUCAGGCCUGGUGCCCUUUUCGUUACAACAAACACUCUUUAUUUUAUCAACAAAUACAUCGAUAUAAUGCUGUUCACUACGAAGCUCGUUGGAGCCUUGACGGCCCUCGCUACGGUUACCUUUGCCGCUCCCAUUCCCUCCAUCCCUUCCUCCGAGAUCGCCGCGGCUACGGCUGCUGGAGCUACUUUCCAGCUCCAAAUCAACGCUGCCUCGGACCCGUCGAUCGACGGAGCUUACCUCACCUCUUCCACUUUCACCCCCUGGAGGGGCUACUCUGUGCAGAUCACCACCCCCUCCUUCGAUCUCUCCUCCGCUACCGAGUUCUCCAUCCGUCCUAACGGCAACGUGGCUACUCCUUCCCAGGACCUCGUCUUCGUCGACCCCGAUAACUGGGGAACCUCCCUCUCCUACCUCCUCACCGCCGGCGAACGUCAACAAAUGUCAGCAAUCGAGGCCGCCAAACUCCCCGUUGCCAUCCUCGACGACGAAGGGUUCUUGCAAGUUACCUGGCCCGAAAAGAACGAGACGGCCGUUAUGAAGGUGUGUGAUGGAAGACUCGUGAUGGGUGUUGAGGGUGGAAGGUGGGAUAAUGCGUGUUCGGGGGAUGUUACGGUUAGUUUGGUGCAGGAUAAUCAGAGUUCGGAUUGGUCUUUGAUGCCGGAUCUGGCGUGGUAGUCAGUUAGUCGACUGAUUGCCACUCGUUUCGUCUCUGCUACGCUCCUGUCGUGACCUAUGGCGGUUCCACCACCACUCAAGUUUAACGUCAACUGCGGUGCUUGCGGGAACGUCUGUCUGGAGGGAGUAAUCGUUUGCAGUCCAUAUAGUGAGAAUUGUAUAAUUAUUUGUCAUGACGUCACGUCCAUUUGUCCCCAAUAGAACCAAG